AUGUUGGUAGAUCCAGCUCGGCGCAAUCAGAAGCUCAGAUGCACCUACCACCAAGACAGGGGGCAUAUGACUCAGAACUGCAGAGCACUGAAGCAACACUUGGAAGAUCUAGUGGCAGCCGGGCACCUAAGGGAUUGCCUUGAUCAGGAUAAGGAAGUGACCGAACUGGGGAACCCGCCACUAGAACCGAAUAUCGAGCACCCACCUCGGUUGAUAAUAAAUGUGAUCCACAGGACAGCGACUCAGGAAUCUAAUGAGGCACUGAAAGAAGAAAUCACUAAGGCUGUGCAAAUUCAGAGGGUCGUGUCAGUGGAGCCUGCAUCGAAAAAGGAACGUACAAUACCUAAAUCCCCCUUGUGCAUUGUUUCAUUUACUAGCAAAGAUUUAGAAAGCAUACAGCACCCACAUACUGAUGCACUGAUUAUAACUAUGGGAAUUAGGAAACCAUUUGACGUAAAACGAGUCCUAGUAGAUCAAGGCAGUGCAGCAGACAUAUUGUAUUAUGAUUUGUUCAGAAAGCUUGGUCUCUCCGAGCAGUACCUCACCCCAGUGACAGCCCCGUUGGUCAGUUUCAAUUCACAGCCAAAAUGGCCGUUUGGUAGAAUAGUAUUGCCAGUCGUGGCGGGAACAAAAACCCUCCAGAUAGAGUUCUUGGUUAUUAAUACACCAUCUCCUUACAACGCCAUACUUGGCCGCCCAUGGAUUCAUCAAAUGGAAACAGUCCCUUCAACCUACCACCAGCUCAUCCGUUUCCCAAUGGAACACGGAGUAGAGCAGAUCUCAGGGGAUCAAGUUGCGUCCAAACAUUGCUUCAUGGCAGCAUUAAAGGCAAAGCAGCUCUGCAAUCGGGUACAGACGGUAGAAGUGGCCGAACAGCCAGUCUUGGAAGAUGUAGGAGGAACCCCAGAGGAAAAGAUGGUAGAGGAUUUGGAGAAAGUCUUGGUAAAAGAAGACGACCCAGAAAAAUACUUCCUUAUCGGCACCUCGCUAGGCGCUGAUGAGAAACUUUAG